AUGGUUAAUUUGGACUUGAUAUUUAACUAUGGUGGGGAAUGGACUAGAGAGCCACAAGUCAAAUACACAAAGAAGCUGUUACACAUCUGGGAAGGUUAUGACUCUGACCAUCUAUCCUUUAUAGAUAUAGUUAAUGAGUUUUGCACUAAGUUAUGUUUUGGUGGGGUUCAACAACUUAUUGUAUCUGCUCAUUCUGGUAGAUACUAUAAAAUUGAUGGGGAUAGUGGUAUUAAGAAACUGUUGGGAAUGGUUUGUAGUGAUUACAAUGUUGUUGAUAUAUUUGUUGUAGAGGAUUGUGAGUUGGCAGUGAAUGUACCUGAUAUUUUACAUUAUGGUGAGGAUGAACUUGAUGAUGUUGCACUUGACCAUGAGGCUGCAACUGAUUGUAGCUCAACAGAUGGUGAGUUUGAUAAUGAAGCUGAAUCUGAUUCUUCAGAUAAUGAUUCUGAAGAAUUAGAAUUUAUUUCAACUCAGAGGAGUAUGAGUAUAAUUGAGCAGUUGCUGGAUUACAAAGAACUAGAUAAAAAUAUGAGCUUUAAGGAUAUUUCUGAAGCUAGGAAGUGUCUGAAACUGUAUGCUAUGGCAAAUAAGAAAGAGAUAGUGCUUAAGAAAAGUGAUACAAGAAGGCUUAGGUAUAAGUGUCAAGUAGGUUGUCCUUUUGUUUGCCUAAUUUCUAAGGAUGGGGACUGUCCACGGGUUAGAGUGAAGACACUAAAUCCAAAUCAUAACUGUUUUAUUGCUUAUGAUAAUAGUACUAUUGACUACUUCACUAUUGCAUAUUAUUUUAAGAGAAAGUUGCAAGACAAUCCAAAAUAUAAAGUGAAGGAGAUGAGGGCUGAUUUGAGAGUUGCAUUUGAGUUUAAUGCAAGCCAUGGUAAAUGCAAGAGAGCAAAAACACUUAUUUUGAAUAAGCUACAUGGAAGCUUUAAAGAUGAGUACAACAAGCUAGAGGGCUAUGUUAAUGAAUUAAAGAUUAGUAACCCUGGAAGUGAUAUAAUAAUUAAUUUGUUAAAAGAUGCUCUUCUUGAAGGUAAGAGGAAGUUCUUAAGAAUGUAUAUUUGCUUUCAUGCUAUGAAAAUGGGUUUUAAGGAAGGUAUGAGACCUUUCAUUGGACCGGAUGGGGCAUUUCUGAAGGGAAUAGCUAAGGGUCAGCUUUUGGUUGCUGUUGGUGUUGACUCAAUGAAUCAUUUCUACCCUAUAGCUUGGGCUAUAGGGGACAAAAAAACAAAGAGAACUUGGGACUGGUUUUUGGAAAUGCUAAAGAUGUCACUGGAGCUCAACAUGGGAGAAGGAUACACUUUCAUUUCAGAUAUGCAAAAGGGGUUGGUUGAGGCAAUGAAAACUAUUUUACCUGAUGCUAAUCAUAGGUAUUGUGUCAGAUACAUUGAGGCUAAUUGGUGUAAAAGAUGGAGAUCUGGGAAAAUGAAAAAGCUGUUGUGGUGGAGUGCAUGGUGCACAUAUGAGGAGGAUUUUGAUGAUCAAUUGAAGAAGAUAGGGCAUAUGGAUGAAAAUGCAGUGAAGGAUUUGCUGCAUUACCCUCCCUAG